UCCGAGCGCGAGAUGCGGUACACCACGCAUGCGCAAGCGGCAUUUUUUUCACUCUCCCCCCCCCCCGCAUUGGUGCUGUCCCUCUUAUGGGGCGGAGCUCGCGCCUGCGCACUGAUCAUCCCGAAGAGCCAAGGGCGCCCGCGCAAGUGCAGUAAGGCGGUGCCUUGUAGACAAUCCGGAAGUGGCAGUCUGCUGGUGGCACCAUCUCCCGCUGCAAACCUUUCUGGUAAGAACUCCGGAUCCGCCGCGCCCGUCCUUCCUGUCGCCCAUCCAGGUGACCGCAGUGUCGCCGCCCUGGAGCCGCUUAAGGAUGUGCAUGUUGGCCUGGCUCCGCCGUGCCAGGACCCUGGCCGGCUGGCCCUCCUGUCGGGUCACUAUCUCUACUAUCACUACGGCUGCGAUGGGCUGGAUGACCGGGGCUGGGGCUGCGGCUACCGCACCCUGCAGACGUUGUGCUCCUGGCCGCAGGGCCAGUCCUCGGGCGUGCCCGGGCUGGCUGCAGUACAGGCGGCCCUGGAGGACAUGGGCGACAAGACCUCCGGGUUCCGGGACUCCCGGAGCUGGAUCGGCUGUGUGGAGGCCAGCCUCUGCCUCCAGCACUUUGGAGGGCCCCAAGGGCGCCUACGUCACGUGCCCCGCGGAACCGGGCUCUGGGAUGAGCUAAAGCAUCUUUACUCCCAUUUUGCCGGGGGCGGGGGACCGGUUAUGGUGGGAGGGGAUGCAGAUGCCCAGUCCAAGGCCCUGCUGGGAGUCUGCACAGGUCCAGAAGCCUAUGUCCUGGUACUGGACCCACACUACUGGGGGACUCCGAAAAACCCCAGUGAACUGCAGGAUGCUGGAUGGGUGAGCUGGAGAAAGGUCAGCACAGUCUUUGACUCCAACUCCUUCUACAACCUGUGCUUGACCAGCCGCACCUAAAUUCACACACCCCGGACUGAGACUGUGUGGACAGAUUUUCCUCAAAGGUGUCCAGCAGAGCAUCCAUAAUAAAGUGGCACAACCCAGUU